GGGUCUCUAUAUUUAUCGGUCUCAAUUUUAAAUAAAAACCACCCUUCUUUCAAAAGUGGGAUUGUCCUCUUUAAACAAAACAAAAACUUGUUUCCAUUACCCCAAAAGAGAAAUUUGUUAAAUUUCACUUUCCACUGAAAUCCACCAUCCCGUUUAAUGAUUUUUAAAUAGAAGUUUUCUUUUUCUUCAAAGCUCCUCGGGAUUUGAUUUGAGUGUGAUUCGGCAGCAGAAAGAAAGAUCAAUCGCUUCAAUGUUGCACUCCACGGCCUCGUUUUCCAUAUACACUGAUGAUGAAAAUCAAGAACAAGUAAUUGGGUUAGAAGCAUUUGAAAAGGGUAUCAUGAUUGAAGUGAACAAAGAAGCUCUGGGUAGUAUUAGUAAUGAUUUCAGUUUUUCUAAAGAGACUAUGGGGUUGAUUCAAGAGGAAGAAAUGGAAGAUGAGGAUGGUCUCAACUCGAUUACGAAUCGAGGUUUUGACGACGGCGAGGUUAACCUGAGACCCGCCAGUCCUCCGCUCUAUCUAGCGGCGGGGCUUGGAAUGGAUGCCUCUGGUCUUGGUGGUGGGUAUGAUUCUGUUGAUUUCUUUGACGAGAAGAUGGUGGACGAGCCGCACUCAGUCGAUCAUUCGUUGCUUCUGAGGAACUAUGUGCAGUCUUUAUGGUCUGAGGGAAAACUCGAUGAAGCUGAGGAACAGUGCUAUCAAGCUACAUUAACAUAUCCUGAAGAUGGUGAAACUUUGAUGCUGUAUGCUCAGUUGGUUUGGGAAGUCCAUCACGAUCAAGCUAAAGCCUCAAAUUACUUUGAACGUGCAGCUCUUGUUGCUCCAAAUAACAGCGAUAUUCUUGCAGCACGAGCUAAGUUCCUGUGGGAACUGAAUGAUGAGGAUCAAACUAUGAUAUCAGGGGAAGAAGGCAGCAACAUGGUUGAUAGUUCAUCCCCCAAAGAAAGAAUUGAACCGGUAGCUGACACUAGUGAGAGUGAUAUGCAGGAGGAUUAUGAGAAGAUGCUCAAGGAGAAUCCUGUCGAUCCAUUGCUUCUGAAAAACUACGCUCGUUUCUUGCAACAGUCCAAAGUAGACCUCCAAGGAGCAGAGAAAUACUACUACCGUGGCAUCCAAGCAGACCCAAGCGAUGGGGAAUUGCUAUCAGAAUAUGCAAAAUUGGUGUGGGAGCUUCAUCAUGACUAUGAUAAAGCAUUAAAUUACUUCGAGAGAGCAGUUGAAGCCUCUCCUACAAACAGUUAUGUUCUUGGAGCAUAUGCAAGUUUCCUUUGGGAGACGGAUGAACUCGAGGAGGAAGAUGGGGCGAGCAAAAAUGACUCUCAAUGGCCUUCAAACACAGUGGCAGUUUCUGUAGGAAAUGCUUGAAUUUUGAUAAACAUAGCAUAGUCAAUGAUAUUAUAAUGUAUUAAAGUGAUGCACUUGAAGCAAAUAAUAUUCUAGUUUUAACAUACGAAAUGAAAUGUCAUCAACUCCGAAUGAUAACAGUCUACAGAAAGUUGGUUUUCAUUGAAUCAGAAAUUGGUUCAAAAUUGUUGCUUUAAACAA